AUGGAGCGUUUGCGUUCUACAGGUGAACUAAGUCAGCUAGAUGCAGCUACCGAAUUAGCCGAUAUGCUACUUUUGGGCAACGAAGAAAGCCUUCCAAAUUUACCAAUCAAAGACAUCGUUCAUGCCCUUAUUGUAUUACUUCAAAAGGAGCAUAAUUUCGUAUUGAUGCUUACGGCUGCAAGAUGUAUAUCAAAUAUGCUAGAAGCCUUACCGCGUGCAUUACCAGUUGUUAUCGAUACAGUACCACAUCUUCUUGAAAAGUUGAAACGUAUCGAAUGCAUUGAUGUAGCGGAACAGUCAUUAAUGGCGUUGGAAGUGAUGUCGAAAAGAAAUGGAAAGAAUAUAAUGUCGGCUGGUGGCAUCGCAGCGACUAUAUCGCAUAUUGAUUUCUUCUCCGUUCCAUCGCAACGUUUAGCAUUUCAAAUAGCUGCUAAUUGUGCGACAUAUGUAUCGGUCAAUGAUUUUUCUCAAGUGCGUGAAUCACUAGCUGAUCUUACACAGCGACUUCUGAUUGAAGAUAAACGAUGCCUAGAAUCAGUUUGUGUAUUAUUUUGCCGUCUUGUAGACAAUAUGCGUAAUCAUGCUGAUAAGUUACGAGAAAUAGCGGGCCAAAAUCAUGCAUUGUUGAAAAAUGUGCAACAAUUACUACUGGUACAACCUUGUGCAGUGGGGCCAAACACAUUCCAGUCUUUAAUACGGAUGUUACGUUCAAUGGCUUCCAGGUGUAGCGAUCUGGCAGUUGCACUGGUUUAUAUGGAUUUUGCCAGAACUAUCAAAUUUUUGAUUGUUGGAUCAAAGGAGACUGAUCAUACAACUUUUGAAAUUGUUGAUCGCCCACCACAGCACUUACAAGAAUUAGUUUAUUUAGCUGGAGAAUUGAUGCCACGUUUACCGGUUGACGGAAUCUUUGAAAUAGACAAUGUAAUGCUACGUUCGCAUGGUACUUAUGAUUUCCAACCGACGUUGUGGUAUUGGAAAGAUGACUCUAAUCAGUGGUUGCCAUUUACUCAUUUCGACUCACGACUUAUUGAGAUGGCGUAUACAACAAGUGAAACGGAAGUAAAUCUUCAAAUUAACGGAAAUGUUUAUAAAAUUGAUUUGCAACGAAUGGUACAACGAAACCAUUCGACGGGAAAAGAGAGAGCUCUACAACGACGAGCAUCCGUUUUCAAAAGUAAAACAUCUCCAGAAGAAGAUCGUCGUUUGGAAUUGAUGAAAACAGAACCAGUGCUUCUGGAACAAGUUGUGCAGUUACUUCUUCCAAUAUUAGUGGAAAUCGACGGCAGUUCAAGUGGUCCGGCACUUCGUUAUGAAAGCUUGCGUGUAACUUUAAGAAUGAUUUAUCCAUCAGAUGUAAGAGUGCUGAAAGAUAUUCUGGCGAAUCUUCCUCUUGCUGGACAUAUCGCUAGUGCUUUAGCUAGUGCACGAAGUAAGGAUCUUUGUGUUGUGGCAUCGGCGUUGCAGUUAGCUCAUCUGCUGCUGGAUAAAUUCCCGGAUAUGUAUGAACCAUUAUUCAAACGCGAAGGUGUCGCACACGAAAUUGAAAAGCUAUCUAAAAUGAAGCUUGAAUCACCAGUGUCAGCUCCAUCAACACAAACAGCUACAUCAGCUUGUGAACAGGAUAAUACAGCUGCAACUACCGGAAUCCGAACGCGAAGUGGCACAAAAACACGGGCAUCAUCGGAAUUAGUAGAAGGAGCAUCAUCAACCACCAAGCAAAGUACAAGAAUUCGUAAUAUCACACAGUUAGCAGUAUCCACUGCAGAAGCGGGUCCAAGCUCAAGUAAUGCUACCCGUGUUAUUGUUUCACCGAAUGGUGGUCGUCAUCGUCGUAAAACGUCACCGGAGAGGCAAAGCUCAGCUUGUCAGUCGUUAUGGAUCCUUUUCAAUCUGUUCUUUAAUCCUAUAUCUCGCAAGGAAUCACGCCGUAAAACAACACCUUCGAAUUUUCUUCAUACGUUACGCUUGCCAUCAUUUCGCAUGCCGGGCACAUCAUCAUCAACCGGGCAUUCGCCACAUGAUAGCACAUCACCAAGUAACACACUCUCAUCAUUUUUCACUGCUAUCGGUCAGUCUCAGACAACAUCGGUACAUCAUUACCCUUCAGGAUCUGGUACUUCGGCAAAUGCACCAUUCGACAAGUCUUCAGCUCAUACGUCUACAUCCCGUGGACGUAUUUCAACAUUCACGCCAUCAGCAGCGGUGGGAAGUUCAUGUUCGGCUGUUUUGAUGCAAUCGUCGUCUACUGGUCAUAGUUCGUUUACGAUGCCAUUAUCCUCUACCGGCGGAUCUACUCUAAAUCAUCAACAACGUGAAGUAAUCCGACAGUGGAUACGUAAAGAGGCUGAAUAUCUGAUACAAAUGUAUUUUUCAACACCAUCGACUGGUAUUGAUGGUUCAACUCCGUCGCUUUUAAGUCGUUUGACAACUAUUGCUGCAUCUCUUGCUAGUGAAAAAGAUGUUGGAAGCGCUGCACUUACUGGAUUUAAGAUAAUUUUGUUAGAAAACGAUGUAAGUGCCUUUGAAUUGAAUCAUAGCGGUGUGCUUACUUCCCUUUGUAAAUAUAUUACGAGUUCCUCACCAUCACAUCAUCCACCGCGUAAACUUCGUCUCAAACGUUUCGCCGCAGUUUUUAUGUCCCUCACACCGGAUAAUCUAAGACCAGCAGAUGAAUCGGAAUGUUGGGUAGCUUUCGAGACUCUUGUGACGAAGUUGCUUGCAUCAGUGGCCCAGCAUGAACAGUUCCAGGUGAAAGUUACUGAUAUGGGUGGAAUCGUAACGGGUAGUUCGGGAGGAGCUUUGCGCGGUUCACAAGCAUUACGCUUUUUUCAAACUCAUCAAAUUCGUUGUAAUUUGAAGCGGCAUCCGACUUGCAGAGAUUUGAAAGAAUGGAGGCAUGGACAUGGAUCUAUAAAGGUAGAUCCGUUCACUUCAAUUUCGGCUAUUGAAAGAUAUUUGUUGGAUCGUGGAAUUGGUUACGUGCGUUCGGAAGACUCAUCUGGUGAUGAAGAUGGAAGCGAUGAUGACGAAAUGCCUUCUGAAGGUUCGUUAUCAGGUGGAAAUUCCCAGCCCAGUCGUAUAGAAAUCUUAAUAAAUGAUGAAAAAGUCCCAGGUCAUAUGUCUAUUCUACAGGCACUAAGACAAUUUGGGCAAGUAAAUCUGAGCGAUAACGCGGAUCAUUUCGCCGUUGCAACGGGUAUAUGGGUGAAUACGCAUACCCUCUACUACCGGGCUGCUGCACCGGCACCAUCUGAAGCAUCUGAAGAACCAGCAACAGCACCAUCCACAACCAAGUCACCGUCCGGGAAAUCUGAAAAACGGGAAAAACGUCCAAAGAUCGACGAAAAACUAUGGAUAGAUGGGGAAGUUCCGGUUAGCAGAUGUCCUUUGGAUUCAUAUUUGACGAAUAUGUUACCAGUCGAUGUAGAUGAUCCCUGUGUGCCUUCUCUUGUUCUUCUUCGAUGCCUUUAUGCACUGAAUCGUUUUUGGUGGAAAUUGUUCGAAGAUGAGGAUGUACCACCUACCAGUCAUGCGCCGCUUCUGCCAAACACGUAAGCUUUCCACUCAUCAAAGCUUAAUGCGAAAAUGGGACGUCAGUUAUCAGAUUUCCUAUCUGUCGCAACUCAGCAAAUACCCCAAUGGACUGGUGAUCUAAUCAAAGCAGUGCCUUUUAUCUUCACAUUCUCAUCUCGACGAAACUACCUGUAUUGUACAGCUUUUGGACGUGAUAGAGCUCUGAUGCAUCUUGUCAACCAAACAGAUGGCGGUCAAGGUGAUAGUGAAAGUGGUCGUUUGACACCACGUCUUGAGAGGCGUAAAGUAUCGGUGCGUCGGGAUGAUUUGCUUCGCCAGGCGGAACAAACCCUUCAUCACCUUGGAUGCAGUCGUGCAAUGCUUGAGGUUGGUUUUGAAGGAGAGGCAGGUACUGGUUUCGGUCCAACGUUGGAAUUUUAUUCCACUGUGUCACGUGAGUUACAAAAGGCAUCGCUACGUCUUUGGCAUGGUCGUACCAUGGCUGCAGCAGCUGAUGGAAAAGAUGGACCGACGACGAAUUAUAUUACAGCGCCUGCUGGUCUUUAUCCCGCUGUCUUUUCCUCACAAAGUGCUAAACAACGUGAUGCCCGUUCAAAGAAAUUCGAAUUUAUUGGACGUUUGUUAGCGCAAGCCCUAAUUGACUCGCGCAUGUUGGAUAUACCGCUUAAUCCAGUAUUUUUCAAAUGGCUUUGCGGAGAAGACAAAAUGUUCGGCUUAAGUGAUUUAGAAGUUUUGGACAAAAAUUUAUAUCAAUCUUUACGCUCACUAAUUCUUACAGAUCCAAAUGAUUUCAAUUCACUCGAGCAGUAUUUUACUUUACCGGGUGACGAAAAUUUCGAGCUUAUCAAAGGAGGAAAGAAUCGCUUGGUGACCAGUUCGAAUGUAGUUCAAUUUGUUAAGUUGGUAGCCCAUUGGCUGUUGAUCGAAGGCGUACGACGUGAGAUGGAGGCAGUACGUCGAGGCUUUGAAACAAUUAUCAAGAUAGAUGAUUUGGCUUCUUUCACUCCUGAUGAGAUGGAAGAGCUAUUUUGUGGUUGUUCGGAAGAGACAUGGAAACGUACAUGGAAUGAAUCAGCAUUACAGUCAGCUAUAAAACCAGAUCAUGGAUAUACGCACGAUAGCGACCAGAUACGGUGGCUUAUACAGAUGCUUGCGUCUUAUGAUAACCAACAGUUUGUGACGGGUUCACCAAAACUUCCAGUUGGUGGUUUUCGUUCAUUGAAUCCCCCAUUAACAGUUGUGAAGAAAUCGGGUUCCUAUGGAAAUGGCGACGAUGAACUUCCAUCGGCGAUGACUUGUUACAAUUAUCUAAAAAUUCCGGCAUACAGUACCUAUGAAGUAUUCCAAAAACGAUUUGAUGUAGCGUUGCGUUUCAUUUAUAGUUUCCACCUAACGUAG